UUCACACAGAGCAGAGUACAGCAAAGCAAAUCAAUUUCGAUUUUUUCUCCAUCUUUACCGCGUCGCCAUUUGUAAUUCAUCGCGUGUGCUUUUCUCAAUCGAAGAAAUUUGCAAAAUUUUCUUAAUUUUUUUCGUUUUAUUUUAAAUAAAAUGAGUGAUUAUUCAACUGUAGCCCCGCCACAAUCAAAUAUAAAUCAAUCCCAGGCAUUUGCUGCCGCCCUUCAACGUGCAAAACAGAUCGCUGCAAAAAUCCAACCUACUGGCCAGCAGCAACAAACCCAGCCACAGCAACUGCAAGGCGGCGGCGGCUAUAAGCGCUCCUUGAACGACGACGACUCCGCUGGACCGGAUGCAAAGAAAUUCUCCAGCCCAGACUCGUACAACUCACAACAGGGCGGAAACAUGUCUCAGGCACUGGCACAAGCCGCAGCCGUUGCGGCUCGUCUCGCCGCCACCGCUGGCAACACGACCGAGGAGCAGCUGAGGAUCCCCGAGGCGCUCGUCAGUCAUUUAGUCAUUGGCCGCAACAGUAGUGACAACAUUUCACAUAUUCAAGCCGAAUCCGGUUGCAAGAUCCAACUCUCGCAGGAAUCAGAACGUACCGUGACAGUGCGUGGAAGUCGUGAAACCGUUACCAAGGGGCGUGAAAUGAUUCAGCAAAUGGCCACACAGCAUGGUGCUGGCACAGUAGAAAUUGUUCUUUCUAUUACAAUGCCACCACCCGGCCCAACCGGCUAUCCUCCAUACCAAGAAAUUAUGGUACCAGGAGCAAAGGUUGGUUUGGUCAUCGGAAAAGGAGGUGAGACCAUUAAAAUGUUGCAAGAAAAAACAGGAGCAAAAAUGGUCAUCAUACAAGAUGGUCCUAAUCAAGAAGUUAUUAAACCCCUACGGAUCUCUGGUGAUUUUCAAAAGAUUGAGCAUGCAAAAAUGUUAGUUUUCGAACUAAUCCAAGACAAAGACAGUGUUCGACCAGGUGGAGGUGGAUUUAAUAACUCGAAUGGCUCUGGAGGUGAAUCAGCGGAAGUCUUUGUACCAAAAGUAGCUGUAGGUGUUGUUAUUGGCAAGGGUGGAGAUAUGAUCAAGAAAAUCCAAGGCGAAACAGGAUGCAAGCUGCAAUUCAUUCAGGGCAAGAAUGAUGAACCUGGCGAUCGUCGUUGUAUAAUUCAAGGAAGUCGUCAACAAGUCGAAGAUGCUAAGCGCAUGAUCGAAGGACUGAUAGAAAGUGUGAUGCAGAGAAGUCAACAGAACAAUAACCGUAACAAUAAUGCCGGCGGAGGGGGAGGCGGCGGCGGACAGCAAGCCGAUAACACAAACUCCAACUAUGGAUACGGCUAUGGUGUGAAUCACACACAACAAGCUGCCCGAGAAGAAGUUACAUUCUCUGUUCCUGCUUCCAAAUGUGGUAUUGUAAUUGGUCGUGGAGGUGAAACAAUCAAGUUGAUUAACCAACAGACUGGCGCCUACUGUGAAAUGGAUCGCAGUGCCGUGAAUCCACCCUCAGAGAAAAUGUUCAAGGCAAAGGGUACACCCGAACAGAUUGAACACGCCCGACAAAUGAUUUCCGAGAAAAUAAACAUUGAUUUGGUUGUCCUGUCCCGCAAGCCCAUUGGCAACGCGCCCAAUCAUCAAAACAAUUACAACAACAACGGUGGCAUGCAGAGCGAUCCAAAUGCAGCUGCCUACCAGCAACAAUGGGCGGGCUAUGCCCAACAAGGUGGCUGGGAUCAAUCGCAACAACAACAGCAGCAACAAAUGGGAGCUAUGCCACAAGCUAGUGCGGCAGGACAGGCUGAUUAUUCAUCGCAAUGGAUCGAGUAUUAUAAGUCAAUGGGAAUGCACAGAGAAGCGGAAAUGAUUGAACAACAAUUGAAGGCGAAACAAGUCAUGGCAGGAGCCGCCAACCCCGCAAUGCCUGCAGCGACGCCUCAAAUGACUCCUCAACCUCAAGUCCAGCCCCAGCAACAACAGCAAGUGCAGCAGCAACAGCAACAACAGCAUGCACAGCAACAGCAGCAACAACAACAGCAAGCUGGCCAAGCACAGGCGCCCGACUACAGCGCUCAGUGGGCUGAGUAUUACCGAAGUAUAGGAAAAAUGGAAGAAGCCGAAGCCAUUGAAAAACAGAUGAAGAGUGGCGCAUCAAAUGGACAAGCCACUGCCAGUGCAAGUGUAAGCGCUCCCACACAACCUGCUGCAGCGGCUGCAGCACCACAGCAACCUGCGGCUGGAGGCUACCCACAAGGUAUGACUCCUAGCCAAUAUGCACAGUAUUCUCAAUAUUAUGCUGCAGCUGCUGCAGCCGGUCAACCAGGCGGUUACCCCCAGCAAGCAUAUCCAGGUUAUGGUUAUCCCGCUGGGCCACAACCGGGUAUGCCUGGUGGUCCCCAAGCUGCUGGCGCAGGCGGUCCCCCCAACCCCCAGCAGCAACAACAACAGCAGCCGCAACAGCAUAAGCCCAGCAGCAAGCCAAACGAUAAGAAAUAAAAACACCAACCUCGCCCGCCGCUGCCGAGACACAGCCAUGCUACAGCCGUGCUUGAUCCAUACUCUCUCUUGCUCUCGAUCGAUUGCUCGCUCGCUCUCUCUCUCUUCUCUUUCUCAACAACUACAACAACAACAACAACAAACUGCACACCACAUACUUCUAAAUUGCCACCAAUAAGAAAGAAGGAAGACAUCAAUAAAAUUCAGCACUGCAAUUUACUACCAGACCAGAUACAGAACAGAACUGAACUCGAAAAUGAUAUGUAAGUGAUGUGAAUUGAAAGAAAAAUGUUUUGAUUUUACAUUAAAAUAAUGCAUUUUCUAUAUAACAUAAAAUAAUAUAAUUUAAAUUGUUAAACAAUAAUAAUAAUUCUUAUAAAAUGAAUACCAAUUUCAAAAAUAAAUUUUGUUUCCUUAAAAUAAUAAAGUAUCUUAAACAA